GGGCUUAGUUACUCUCGGCCUCUCGGGCACAGUCAUCCGGACGAGGCAAAUGGCUUUGUUGAAGAUGCAGGAGGUCAUCUCGGGGUUGUCAGUGGUGGAAGCCUGUUAAGUCAGGUCAACAGGUUGCAUGCGAGUGGUUAUUCGGCAGGACCUCUCGAUGGCUUUCAAGCCAUUCCGACAACUGCUGACGCCUCCGCAAUCGCCAUUGACGACCAAGAAGGUGGAUAUCCACUUGAAGGGACUGGCUCCUUGCUGAGCCAGCAGACUGGUAGCUGGGCUUCAUACUCCGGAAAGCCAUCCCAUGAAAGACCUGGGUUGUGGGAGUCAGACAGCAGGCAAACCCCACGAAGAUCUGGGCCGCACAACGACCCAUCAAUGAAUGGUUUAUACUCUUAUGGUUGA